ACUACGCGGCUGGGCUCUGAGAGGCUGAACGGCUCCGAACGGAACACCAACGCUCCGUCACUUCUCCUUGGACAGCCACCGGCGGAAGAGACGGGCCGAACCAGAGGAUGGAUUUAAUCAGAUGAAGCUGAACGCAUCAGAGAUGCUGCAGGAGAAGGCUUCAGCCGUGACGGAUGAACGGAUGAGCCGGGUCCAGGCCGGCAGGGAGACGGAUCUCCUUCCAGAGGAGUCCCAGCUUAGCCAGACCACAGCUGCCAGUGUUCCCAGCUCCACUGGACUAGACCAGAACAUCGAGAACAUCAAAGUCGUCCUUCAUGAGAGGGAGCUGUGGAAGAGGUUCCAUGAGGCCGGCACUGAGAUGAUCAUCACAAAAGCUGGAAGGAGGAUGUUUCCCAGCUACAAGGUCAAAGUGACGGGCAUGAACCCAAAGACCAAGUACAUCCUUCUCAUUGACGUUGUCCCAGCUGAUGACCAUCGAUACAAGUUCUGUGACAACAAGUGGAUGGUAGCAGGCAAAGCGGAGCCAGCUAUGCCCGGCAGACUCUACGUACACCCAGACUCUCCUGCUACUGGAGCUCAUUGGACGAGGCAGCUGGUUUCGUUUCAGAAGCUAAAGCUAACAAACAACCACCUGGACCCUUUUGGACAUAUCAUCCUGAACUCCAUGCACAAGUACCAACCCAGACUUCACAUAGUCAAAGCUGAUGAAAACAACGCCUUUGGAUCCAAGAACACUGCCUACUGCACUCAUGUGUUCCCUGAGACGGCCUUCAUCUCAGUGACUUCUUACCAGAAUCACAAGAUCACUCAGCUGAAGAUAGAAAACAACCCCUUUGCUAAAGGAUUCCGAGGCAGCGAAGAAGGAGAUCUGCGCAUUUCAAGACUAGAUGGGAAGGAUUAUCCGGUCAUUUCGAAGAACAUAGUACGCCAGAGGAUCAUUUCUUCCCACAGCCAUCUUGCAGGGAAACUUCGAGCAGGAGCUUUAACAGGACACGGCCCAGUCCUGUCUUCUUACCAGUAUGAGACAGGAAUCCCGUUGUCUAACUCGGAAUCCCACCAUCCUCUCACACCCCACUUCCCUCAGAGCAGAGAUCCCAGCCUUAUGUAUCACUGCUUCAAACACAGAGAUAAUCCUCGACAAUUGGAGCUUGAAUGUAAAAGACCGUACCUGGAGCCAUCGUCUGUGGGGUCAGAGGAACAUUACUUCUGUUCACCUCCUUCUUACGAGUCACCAUUGCUGUCUCAUUCGUACUGCACUGAGGCCCUCGCCUCCAGAGAAGCCUGCAUGUAUGGAGGUGCAGAGACAGAGUCUGGGUCUGGGGCAGCAGACAAAGAUGACCUAGCCAUGUGGGCAACAGUGCAGGCCUACCCUCGCUACAGCAUCGACGGUGUCCCGUACCAGCCCUUCACCCCCCACUUCACCAGCUCUGCAUCCGUCCACUCUGUGGUACCACAUCCUGCAUCAUCCAUGGUGUCACAACCACAGGCUGACUUGGGGGUCUACAGCACGGCUCCAGUCCAAAGAAGUCUUUCCGUCGUACCACCAUCACCACCCUCUUCAUCGUGCUCUCCAGCUGUCCCUGGCUCCAGAAACACAUCCGGCCUGUACCACAAGAAGCCAGGAUCCCCACUUCAGCCUCACAGAGAAUUCUCAGCCUGCUCCACACAAGAAGCUCCAUCCAUCAGAGAUUCCUCCUACCAGUACCCAGCAGGGCUGAUUGGUGCAGGGAGUCACUGGACCAACAACUGAUGUGGGCUUCUGGAUAAAACCAGUUUAGUCCAACAUACAGGUCGAAAAAUAUCAACUUUCUAAAACAUCGAAGUCUAAAAAGACUUUUGAUGUUAAUCAGUAGUUGCCAUGGUUUCUGCUAAAUUCACGAGCCACCUUCCCACUGCUCCAUACAGCCGUUGGACAGCUGUUGAUGAAUUUUCCACUUCAGCUGAUCUGAAGCAGAUGUGCCAGAUGUGGAUUAUUUGAUGGGGUUGAAUUAAAGCCGAAGGUUCGAAAACCUCACCAAGAGAGUCAGACUUUGCUCAAGUACUAGUGAAUAAAAUAAUCUAAUUCAGUGAACGAAUCCACAAUAUGGAUAAUAAAGGUAUAAGCAGGAAGACUUUAUAAGGGAGAAUGAUAAAUUUGUAUUUGGUCUCUUUGGCAGCUUUCCAGGAAAACAGCUGUGAGGCUGACUGGUUCAGAGGGUGUGGCUGACAUUUGGAGUUUGUUCUUGUUGUCAAUAAAUGUCCUCAGAUGAGCAAAACCACGACAUGUUAGCUCAUCUAACUGCUGUGCGUGACGCUACAUCACAGGUGGAAGUCGAAUAAUCAGAGUAUGGUGCAAAAGUUCAUUUAUGUCAGUAAUUCAACUUUACGGAUGAAACUAAUACGAGACAGACUCAUUCCAUGCAACGCCAAAUGUUUCAGCCUCAAUUUGUUAUAAUUGUGAUGAUUAUGGCUUACAGCUGAUGAAAAGUGUCCCACUCUAAUCAGCUAACUCCAGAGGGUUCCUGAGCCUUUAGAUGGUCUCUCAGUCUAAGCUGAAUUACUGACGUAAACAGACUUUGGCACCAUAUUCUAAUGUUUUAGUUUAACCUGUAACAGGUUAUCCAAGCCAUGUGCUACCAGCUGCUGCUCUAGAACAUAUCAGAGGGUCUUGGUGGGAACUCGUUAUUAACAUUCUCUUUUUGGAGUCAAAGCUAGCGCAUUAGCAGCAGCACUGCGGGCGCUAUAAACUCUCUUAGUCUAUUUAGUUUAGUUCCAUUUGUUUAUGAACCCCCACCAAUCAUUUCCUAAAACAACUUCUUUGAUGGGCUGGUGUUUCAAUGGUGAAUUUGUUUCUUCAUCAUUGUCCGUUCACGUGUCUCCAGUUCUCGGGGAACUUGCAUCCUCCAUCGACAUCCGAGCUCCUCGCCCAAUCCCCUGGGUUGAACCCAGCCAUCCUGCACUUUGAUUGCUUGUAUUCGUCAUCUGGUUCUGUUACCAUGUGUGAAGAUUGGAGGUUGAAUUAAAUAGGUAAAUCAAAAACAUCUUCCUCUGGCUCAGUUCACUUCUCACCCUUCACCACAGCAGACCGGUUCGGAGUCCACGUCCCUGCAGAUUCUGCCUCCACCCACUUGUAGAAGUCUUGCUCCAGCUUUCCCUCAUCAUCUACAAGUAGGAAGGAAAGAAAGGGUUUCUGGGGUCCAGCAGAACUUAUUGACAACAGAAAAGUUGUUGAAACCCACUGAAAGAUUUGUUGAAACUAAGAAACAGAAGAUUUUCAUUGCUCUGUGUGUAAAAGCGGCGUUAGUCCAUGGAUCUGAAGGUUACGUUUCACAGCUCUGUUGUCGAGCUGAUCGAUGCCAAAAUGAGACUUUUGUUUUUUGUUUUUUUUCCCAGUUUGACGGAUCAAACAUACAUGUUGGAGGACACAGUCCUAUUAUUUCAGUGUCCAUAUUAGUAAAGAUCUGUCCCUUUCCACAGGUAAAUCAGCUUAAAGACAUAAACCCUAAAACUGCUCAUUAUAGUGACACUCUUCUAAAGAAAGCAUCGUGUCGUGAGACCGAGGGGUCAGGCGUCGCAGCUUGGCUCCAAACUCCCAUUAGCAAACGUGACAGCAGAGAGGUCUCACGCUGAGGCACGUGGGAGCGUAAAGGACUGUUGUUCAGCCAAGUGAUGGAAAAGAGCUGCACACAAAUCCCACAUAAAACCCCUCCCAGGACUGGGAACGGCUUGAAUGGUCACUCAGAGACAGCGGGUGGGUUUACAGGGUUCAGCAGUAACAUCCAUGUUUUGUCCUUUUUUGUUUCACCUAAACUUUCCAUGUUCUUGACAUUUUUGCACUCUUGAUAAUAAAGAUUUUCUUGCCUUA